AUGAUCUGGGCCUCGCCCUGUUGCACCGAGUUCAGCAUCGCCCUCAAGAAGCGCCCCCGCAACCUGCCGGUCGGGGACGCCCUGGUGCUCAAGACGUUCGAGAUCAUCGACUACCUCAAGCCCAAGUGGUGGGCCAUCGAGAACCCGAGCACCGGGCGCCUGAAAACCCGCCCCUACAUGCAAGGACUGCACAUGGACCGGGUCACGUACUGCAAGUACGGCUUCCGGUACAAGAAGCCCACCGCGGUGUGGCACAACCUGCCCUGGACCCCCUCCCAGGGGCCCUGCCGCAAGGGCGACCGCUGCGAGGCCUUCCAAGGCACCCGGCACCCAGAGGCCGCACAGCGAGGGCCCACCAAGGGGCGGAAGGGGAGCAACUCGCGGGACCAGCUCUACUCCAUCCCGCCUGUGCGUCUCUUCAAGACGCCUGAGUACUCCGUCAAGCAGCCGCCUGACCCCGUGGUUUGCAAGCCCCCCGCCAACGGUAUUUUGUGUGCCCCAUCUGCAAGCGGAAAGACGGUCCUCCUUGUGAGCAUGAUUUUGGAGCAAUACCGGGGCUGCUUCGAGCGCAUCUUUAUCUUCUCGCCCUCGGUGGAGGUCGACUCUGCCUGGCAGCCUGUCAAGGAUUACAUCCGAGACGAGCUGGGCGUGAAUACGGACCGGGAGCAGUGCUGGUGGGAGGAUUGGGACGAGGGGGCGCUGCGGAAGAUCAUCGCGGACCAGAAGCGCAUCACCCAGAAGAGCAAGGAGCUGGGCCUCAAAAAACUGUACUCGGUCUUGGUAGUUUUGGAUGAUCAUGCCGAUAAUCCAGCUGUGCACCGCAAGACGGGAGAUGGCGUUUUGGACACUCUGUUCAUCAGGGGCAGACAUUUUUGCAUCAACACCUGGGUCUCGACCCAGAAGCUGCGUCUUAUGAGCUCCGCCGUGCGGGUCAACGUGAUGUUCUACUGCGUCUUCCGGUUGCGAAACCAACUGGAGCUGGAUGCCUUGGUGGAGGAGCUGAGCGCCAUGCUCCCGAAAGAAACCCUCUACGCCAUGUACGAGGAGGCCACCAGGGAGCCCUACAGCUUCUGGUUCGUUAACCUCCGCGCGCCCAAGGAAGACAUGUUUUGGGUACGCUUCGACCGGAAGUUCUUGCUAAAUGGGGACGCUCCUGAGCCAGAUGGCAUCUACGACCCCAGCCACUGGCCGCCACCAGACAGGCCCCGGCAAACCUCCGACGGCUCCAACGCCAGCGAGUUCUCGGCGCGGCCCACCCGGUUUUUCAGGCGCCGUUCUAAAAAGGGCAUGACGAGUAUCUACGUGGACUCGCGCCUCCGCGCGGAGGGCACGGACAGCAGCUUCUCCUUCGACAUCGGUGAGAGUGUGCACAUUCAAUCCGGCGCCAAACUUGCGGUGUACAAGGUCCGUGUUGCCGACGCCUUCCUGAGCACGGACCGCGGGACGUUCUUGUACUGGGAGGACACGGUCGCCGGCACCCUGCAUUACGCGGAGCUCCCGGUGGGGGCGUACACAGGGCCGCGAUUGGCUGCGUGGAUCAGCAGCAACUUCGCUUCCGCCAGCUACACCGCGGAAACGAACGAGUUGGAUGUUACCUGGGAUGGCGUGCGCCUCAUCCUCAACGACGCGGAGCUCCGGCAGCGCUUCCCAGGCACGGCCCCCUACCCGCCGGGCGCCUCGCCCAGCAAGCCCCUGUCCAUCAACCACCUCCUGGGCCCCAGCUACCUCACAGGCUCUGUGCAACGCUUCGUCUUUAUGACGAUGAAUCCGUUCUCAGAACUGUACCUCAGGUGCCCAACACUGGCCAACGGAGAGACGACAGUGGGCCCGUUGGGGCACGACAUUCUCUGCAAAAUCGUCGUUUCGAAAGGUGUGGGCCACGUCAUGGAGACCGAGACGUCAGAGGGGCACUGGGUUCAGCUGCACGGGCCCAUAACCCUGCGUCACUUGCGCUUCAAGCUCACCGACUACCAGGGCAACAUCGUAGAUGAACCUGCUCCUGUGGCCACCGAGCCCGCCGUGGCCGAGCCUCCCAUGGCCGAGCCUCCCGAGCCUGCCGAGCCUGCCGCGGUGGCCGAGCCGCCGACCGAGGCUCCUCAGCAAGCGCCCCAGCCCAAACGGCGAGGGCGACCGCCAGGUUCGAAGAACAAGCCAAAGCCGCCCCCGACUGUGGCCGUGGCGGAGCUUCCGAAACCUGCGCCUGAGCGACCUUCGACUGAGCCGCCGGCACCGGCGCCCCAACAAGAGCCCCAUCAAGAGCGGGAGUCCCCGUUAGAGCUCCAGGAACCUAUGCUUAUGACGCCCUCGCAGGCUCGCCUGGCCCGUCAGCUCUCCCGAGCCGACCGCUUCCACGAGCUCCUUCUCGCAAACAGCAUGGAUAUCUAA